ACCCCACCCCCACAAGUCGGUUGCUUAAGCAACACCCCAGGAGAACCGGCAGAGGAGACACAAGCAGAAAACUAAACGGGCCAGAUGUGCCCUGCCCUGGCCGACCGGCCGGGUGCCAGCGCCGCGCAGCGUCAGGCUGCGGCCAUGGCCAACUUGGCGGUGCGGGAGGAGCGGGCAGCUGCCGCAGCGGCCAGCCACAAUGCCCGCGCUGCACUGAUGGAGGAGCAUGGGGAGCGGGGCACUCGCGGGUUCCAUCGGCAGGCUGACGAGCCAGCAGCCGGCGCGCAGGAGCCCAUCACACACUUGAAGGUGCCGGGGCAACCGGCGCCUGUGGCGCUAACGGGGCCGGGCACGCGCAACACUGUCUCCGCAGCCGCCGCAGCCAUGUACAGCAGCACCAGCCCCACCGGCCUGUUCCGCGUGCAGCCGGUCUGUACGGCGUCGCAGCAACAGCUUCUGGCGGCCAUUGACCGCAAGGUUCCGGCGGAUCUGCAGGCCGCCGCAGAGGGGUCCGGUGACGGCGCCCUCAGUGAUGCCGAGCUGAUGGCAGCGCUGGCUGGCUCCGCCAAUGGUAAAGCGCCUGGGUCGGACGGGGUCCCGUACGAGGUGUACAAGGUUUUCUGGGCGCUGCUGGGUCUGCGCUUGUGUGCUGCUGCUGCCGCUGCCUUUGCUGCCGCUGCAGACGCCCACGAUGGCGGUGAAAUGGCGGCGGCGCUGCCCGCCUCCUGGCGGGAGGGCAUCAUUACGCUCAUCUGCAAGGGCAAAAGCCUGGACCGCGCCGAGCUGGCGUCCUACCGGCCCAUCACGCUGCUCAACUGCGACUUCAAGAUGGUUUGUGGAUGAGCUGCAGACCGCGUUCAUCACCGGC